AUGGCAUUCCAACGGAAAUCACAUAUUAUAAACGACCAACUGUCUCCUGUGGAGCUUCAAAAACCUUCAUAUCGUCGUCCAAUGUGGGUGGCCGCAGCUACCACGUAUCUUGUAGCCAAUAUCAUUGGUUCUGUAUUUUCGAUCGGAUAUUUGCCGAUUGUCACUCUUGCUCCGAUUAGCGCUUUGGGGCUCGUUUUUAAUGCGUUCGCAGCCUGGGGCGUGCUUGGAGAUCCGCUUACCAGACGUAGCGUCCUUGGCACUGGUAGUAUUGUCAUUGGCACGUUAUUGGUUGGCCUGUUUGGUGUGAUCAUCGAACCCGAUCACGAUAUCGACGAUUUGAUUCAACUAUACCACAAGACGACCUUCAUUAUCUAUUUCAGCAUCCUAGAAUUUGUGAUUGUUACCGCCUUGAUUUUCACACAUUACUUUGAGCAACUGUAUUUCAAGCUUCAGAAGCAGAAUUUCAUGCCAGACCAACCACGACUGAAAUGGCUCGCCUCGGCUGAUUUCAGAAUGUACCUUGGUAUCAGUUAUGGUAUGAUCGCAGGCAAUAUCAGCAGCCAAAGCAUGCUAUUCGCGAAAAGUGGGUUUGAACUAUUCAUUUUGACCAUCGUUUUCAACAUGGAUCAGCUCCACUAUCCGCUCACCUGGGUUUUGGUGUCCAUGGUCAUCGUCACAGCUAUUUUGCAACUUUAUUACCUCAACAAGGGUUUACGGCUCUGUGACACGGUGAUUCUAGUGCCAUUGUCAUCAUGCGCUUUCAAUGUGUCCUGCCUGUUUAACGGCUUGGUAUACUAUGAUCAGUGGAGCCGGUUGCGAUGGGAGCAAAUUAUAAUGGUCACGUUGGGCGUCUCUCUGAUUAUCUGUGGCGUUCUGAUCCUGUCGUGGCGAGGAGGAACGAGUACCGCCCAUUUACAGGAAAAUACGGCUACUGAAAUGGGUGCAUAA